CACGCGUCGCACGUGAGCGGCGCGUUCUAUCUUAUCUGCGCGACGCUCCCGUUCGGGCGCACGCGUCCAUAUAUGCUCCCAGCUUCGCGCGCGCCCCUGCUCUGCUAUCGCUCUCUGCAUCGUCCUGCUGCUCGGACGCCCCAUCGGACGACCACUUUCCUGCGACUACUAGCGACCAUGUCUGCCCAGACCGUCGAGAUCGCCGUACCCAAGACGGGCAGGAAGAUUCAGGUCCCCACGGGCCUCUUCAUCAACAACGAGUUUGUACCAUCCGUCGACUCGAAGGAGUCCAUCGAGUGCGUCAACCCGGCCACGGAAGAGGUCAUCUGCUCGGUCGCUGCAGGCUCCGCCGCGGACAUCGACCGUGCCGUUGCGGCAGCGCGCGCGGCGUUCAAGACGACGUGGGGGAAGAACGUCACGGGCGUCGAGCGAUCGCGCCUGAUCAACAAGCUCGCGGACCUCAUCGAACGCGACGCGCAGGAGCUCGCGGAGCUCGAGACGCUCAACAACGGCAAGCCCGUCCGCAUCGCGCGAGACUUUGACAUCGGCGACAGCGUGUCUUGCCUGAGGUAUUACGCCGGCUGGGCAGACAAGAUCGCAGGCCAGUCCCUCGAAGUCGACAACAAGACCAAGUUCGCGUUCACUCGGCAUGACCCCAUCGGCGUCUGCGGCCAGAUCAUACCAUGGAACUACCCGAUCAAUAUGUGGUCCUGGAAGGUCGCCCCCGCGCUUGCGGUGGGGUGCACGAUCGUCAUGAAGCCGAGCGAGCUCACACCGCUCACGGCGCUGAAACUGUCCGAGCUGAUCGUUGAAGCUGGUUUCCCGCCUGGCGUGGUCAACACAGUGCCGUCGCUCGGCUCCGUGGGCGGCGCGGCGCUCUCGUCGCACAUGGACGUCGACAAGGUCGCGUUCACGGGCAGCACCGUCACGGGGCGCAAGAUCAUGGAGGCCGCGUCGAAGAGCAACCUGAAGAAGGUUAGCCUCGAGCUUGGGGGCAAGUCGCCGCAUAUCAUCUUCGAGUCUGCGGACCUUGACCAGGCGGCGAACUGGGCGGCCCUCGGCAUCCUGUACAACACGGGCCAGGACUGCACUGCCGGAUCUCGCCUCUUCGUGCAGGAGAGCAUAUACGACAAGUUCAUGCCGAUCCUUGCCAGCAAAGCAAAGCAGCUCGUGGUCGCCGACGGCUUCGACGAGAAGGCCUCUGGCGGUCCAGUGGUGUCGAAGGUUCAGUACGACAAAAUCUUCAAAUAUAUCGGCCUCGGCAAGGAACAGGGUGCUAAAUGUCUCGUCGGUGGGGAGAAACGCCAGAGCAAGGGCUACUUUGUUGACCCCACGAUCUUCACCGAUGUGACGCCGGAGAUGAAAAUCUUCCAAGACGAGAUCUUCGGUCCGGUGUUGUCCGUCACUAAAUUUAAGACGGAGGAAGAGGCGAUCGCGCAGGCAAAUAACACGACCUAUGGCCUGGGAGCAGGCCUACACUCUAAUGACGCAAACCAAUGCAUGCGCGUAGCCGGUGAGCUUGAGGCAGGGACGGUCUGGGUGAACCAGUACAACCUCCUCUAUAACAACGUUCCCUUCGGCGGCAAGAAGCAGAGCGGCAUCGGUCGGGAGCUCGGCAGUUAUGCCCUGGAAGAGUACACCUCCGUGAAGGCGGUGCAGUGGAACUUUGGCGAGAAGCUUGACUUCCCGUUCUAGGCUACAACGCUCACAGGGGUGGAGCACCCAGCCGGAGUUGCUGAUGGAUAGGGGCGAAGAAGCAAACAAUUUGUAUACCAAUGUACCAGUAAAAAUACUCGGCCGCAUCUUGAACUGUGAUACAUGCCAUGUUA